AUGAUGCAUGAGAGCGCUUCCAAGAGGGGAUCAUACCAUGAAUCUCCAAUUAGAGAAGCAAAUACAAUUAGCACUUCGAGUCUGUACCAUCUAUUUAACAAUGAGAAAAACCCCAAGUACCAAAAAAUGAUCGCUGAGCUGCAUGAGUUCUUUAAUUUCACUUUAAGCGAAACUAUAAGCGUAACUGACAUAAAAGAGUUGGAAUGUGAUAAUGAAAAGGUCGCUACAUUUCGAAGGAUAAUGCCGAGGAUGUUAAAUAAUUGCCGUGAAUUAACGCAAAGGAAAACAUAUAUUUCUUUUAAUUUAGGACUAAAUGGAAAUGAUGAGAAGCAAAAGAAAUUUCAACUUUUACAUCAACAUCAAAUCGUACUCAGCUUUCAGGAAUUUUGUGACGAACUGACAAAGUUGAUUGUUAAUUCGCAUGUUCUUGACUUUUUGACGAAAUGUGAUUAUUCUUUCGAGAUUAUAUCUAAGCAUUGGACCUCGUUUUAUAACCGAUUUAGGUAUGCAAUGGGCGCUCUUGGUCCUAUUAUAUCAUAUGUGCCUGUGAAUUAUCCUAUGAUAAGAAAAGAACUCGGAUUUGAAGACUUAACUGUGUUUGAAUACUAUGAUUUCAAACUUUUUGACUGUAUUAACUCUUAUCUCAAAAAAGAAUUUACGGCCCUUGUGACCGCUUCUGUUCAUCAUUAUAUCCAUAUGUUUCCAAUAACCAACGUAAUGUUAGAAAAAGAAGUUCCUAUGCUGCGUAUCAUGUCUAACUGUAAUUUUUCUGUGGACAAUAUGAGUCCCAAAGAUUUUUAUAUGAAAACUCUCAAGAACUAUUCUAAUGAGGAAUCAAAUUUAGAACCAAGACUGGAAACUUUCAAGAAUUUCAAAAUGCUACUAACGAGGAAUGCAUUACUAGCAUCGUUAUUUUUUCCUGAUUGGGUCAGUGACGCAAAUGAUUUAUUCAUAAACCAUUUACUGUUGAAUAAAAAGUCAAUCAGCGAGUACAUAGAAAUUGCAAAAAACACAUAUGAUGAAGAUAAACAACGGUAUAUCAAAACAGAGACUUUUUUCAGUUUAUCAAUGUUUAAAAAUGCUUUCGAAGCGAGAAAUAUGCUGGAAUUAUUUAAGGAAUUUUGUGAUGAGGCUAUUUCGGAGAAGUUAAGAGCGGCAUACGGGUUUAACCAUGAUACGGAAAAAUUAUUUGAUGAGGUGAUUCAACUAGCUAACAUAGAUCACCUUAAAAUAUACUCUGAUUCCAUUGAAUACCAUUUAUGCGAUUUGCUCGGAAGCACUAGUAAAGCGAUAGAACAAUACGUCAAGUAUUUUGAAUCGUGCUUAUUCAAGCUUGUUAAAAAAAUGAAAAUAAAAAAAUCUGACUAUUCCAGAGAUAUGAAAAUGAAGUAUCUCAACGAUAAUCUUCCCAUAUUAAGAUUGAAGUUUGUCAAUCUCCCCACAUUUCCCAAUUUCUUUGAAAGAUCAAUCUUCAGAAAAACAAUCUUGCAGAGCGAUCAGAACUCCCCUUUCAUUAAGGAUAUAUUGCCAGUUUACAAAGAUGGUCUGAUAGAACUCUUCAAAGAAAGAAUUGUUACAAAUGUCUCACGAGAAGAUGAAAUUCAGUAUCGAGAUCAAUAUCAACCCUACAAAUCGCAAUUUUUUCAAGUGACGGAGGUUAUGGCGGAUUUAAGGAUCAAAUAUGCAUCAUUCUUAUCUUUUUAUGAGAAUAUUGAAGCUGCUGUUAAGUUUGGUAAAGAGUAUAAUGAAAACAACAAUAAUUUAUUUUUCCCACUGAUUUUUGAUAGAGAAAGAAUUCCAAAGGGGUUUCAGCAACCUAAUAACGAACUAAAGAACAAUUUCAUCCUACCUCAAGAAAUGGAUGAUGCGUGGAACAAGUUUCUCUGUAACUAUCAUAAAAAUAAGGUCGAAAACUCAGAUACUUCCAUGAAAGAGCUAUGUCCGAUGUGGAACUUGCAUCACUGUGAGGUGGAAUCAACCUAUGUUAUACCUGAUGGAUGCAGUCUGACAUUCGAAUUAACUCUUUUCCAAACGUGCGUGCUGAUUCUAUUUAACGAAUGUGAUCAUUUGACGUUACAGGUCAUAGCAGAGCGAACAAAUCUCGCACACAAGGACUUGUUACCAAUAUUAAAAUCAUUUUUAAACUACAAAAUUUUAAUAAAAGACAACAACAACACAUACUGUAUUAACGAGAACUUUAAACCUGAUUUGAAAAAAGUAAAAAAUGGGAAACUACGUGUGGUGCUACCGAGAAACACCUCUAUGCAAAGCAGCAAUACGGGCGAUUCAAGAAGUAGCUCUGCACACCACGAAGGAAGUAAUUAUCAGUGGACUCAAGAACUAUUAAGGGCAUGCAUAACCAGAUCCAUCAAGAGUGAGAGAGAUGGACUCAGUUACGACCAUCUAUUCGAGACAGUGAAGCGGCAAAUAAAAGGCUUCAGUGUUGGUGAAUUCAAAGAUGCCUUGGCAGAAUUGUUGCGAGACAAAUUCAUAACCAAAGACGAAUCUACGGAUACUUACAAAUAUUGA